AGCACCCUGACAGGACGGACCUACAGUUAUCGACCAACGCAAACGGAUUAUCGACAACGAUUACAGAAUGUGUCUGCGGCAAAGUAUGCAAAAACCCGCGUGGCCUGAAGAUCCACCAGACCAAAAUGAAAUGCUUGUCGAAGGAGCAACUGAUACAGCGCACAGGGAUAACCCCUGGUGAGACGCAGGAGGAGCCAAGCCCGGAGUCACCCCACAGUGCUCGGAGCCUCCACGUACCAGUAGCCCCAGACCCAGGCAGAGUAACCGAACAUCGUCGGGUCAAGUGGCCUCCGGCCAGUAAGGAGAAACAGUGGCUCCAGUUCGAUGAUGAUGUGGAUACGAUCCUAGAAUCAGCAGCCAAGGGCGACGCAGACAGGAAGCUCAAAACCAUGGCAACCAUCAUCAUCAGCCUUGCUGUCGAGAGGUUUGGUACAGUGGAGAAGUCGGGUACCAAGACCCCCUACAUGAACAACCGUAGGGCAGAGAAGAUCAGCCAGUUAAGGCAGGAGCUGCGGGUCCUGAAGCGGCAGUACAAGGUAGCGCGAGAAGAGGAAAGGGAUGCCUUAUCAGAACUUCGCGGCAUCCUCAGGAAGAAGCUUACUACUCUUCGAAGGGCAGAAUGGCACAGACGGCGGGGGAAAGAGAGGGCCAAGAGGCGGUCUGCCUUCAUCGCAAACCCCUUUGGAGUCACCAAGCAGUUACUUGGGCAAAAACGAAGCGGCAACCUCGUUUGUCCCAAAGAGGAGAUCGACAACCACCUCUGCAACACAUACAGUGAUGCUGCGUGGGAGGAAGACCUAGGCCCCUACAGAUCUUUGAUAGACCCCCCAGGACCCACCACAGACUUCAACUGCAAGGAGCCCAGUUGGAAGGAGGUUCAGGAGGUUGUCAAGGCAGCCAGAGCCAGCUCAGCCCCUGGACCAAGCGGAGUGCCAUACAAGCUAUAUAAGAGGUGUCCCAGACUCCUUCGCCGGCUGUGGAAGAUCCUGAGGGUUAUCUGGAGGAGGGGAAAGGUAGCCCAACAAUGGAGAUUUGCAGAAGGUGUCUGGAUUCCCAAGGAGGAGAAUGCUAAGAACAUCGAGCAGUUCCGAACCAUCUCGCUGCUCAGCGUUGAGGGGAAGAUAUUCUUCGCCAUCCUAUCCCGUCGGUUGACGGAGUUCCUCCUGAAGAACGAAUACAUCGACACCUCUGUGCAGAAGGGUGGAAUCCCAAAGGUGCCAGGAUGCCUCGAACAUACAGGUGUGGUCACGCAGUUGAUCAGAGAGGCAAGAGAAGGGAAAGGAGACCUAGCAGUGCUGUGGCUUGAUCUCACCAAUGCUUAUGGAUCCAUUCCCCAUAAGCUGGUGGAAACAGCACUGGACCGGCACCAUGUCCCAGGUAAAAUCAGGGACCUUAUCUUGGACUAUUACAAGAGUUUCAAGCUGAGAGUCACCUCUGGGACAGUUACAUCUGAGUGGCAUCGGCUGGAAAUCGGGAAGACCUUUGAUUGCACCCUGAAAGACGCUGCAUCCACCAAGGCAACAAAUCGGGAGCUGGAGGCGUGGCUGACAGCAGUGGACAAGUCAGGUCUGCCUGGUAAAUUCAAGGCCUGGAUUUACCAGCACGGUAUUCUCCCCAGGAUUCUGUGGCCCCUGCUGGUGUACGAGUUCCCUAUAACAACGGUACAGGGCUUCGAGAGGAGGAUUAGCUGUUAUCUCCGUAGAUGGCUGGGCCUGCCACGAAGCCUGAGUAGCAUCGCUCUGUACGGGCACAACAACAAACUGAAGAUCCCCAUUAGCAGCCUGAAUGAGGAGUUUAUGGUUACCCGUGCAAGAGAGGUGCUGCAGUACAGGGAAUCCAGUGACCCGAAGGUCUCCAAGGCUGGCAUUGUAGUAAGGACUGGGAGGAAGUGGAGGGCUCAGGAAGCAGUCGAGCAGGCGGAGUCACGCUUGCGUCACAGCGUGCUGGUCGGCCAAGUGGCAUCUGGACGAGCAGGGCUUGGCAGCGUUGCAACCACGCGCUACGACAAAGCCCUGGGCAAAGACAGACGCCGAUUAGUCCAAGAGGAAGUGAGAGCUGGCAUGGAGGAACUGCGCGCUAGCCAGAUGGUGGGGAUGAAACAGCAAGGCGCAUGGACGAGAUGGGAACAGGCAGUGGACCGUAAGAUCUCCUGGUCUGAGCUUUGGCGAGCUGAGCCGUACCGGAUCAAGUUCCUGAUUGCGUCCGUCUAUGACGUCUUACCCAGCCCAUCCAACCUCUUCUGCUGGGGCAAGGUUGACGCACCAUCAUGUCCUUUGUGCCUCAGGAGAGGAACCCUAGAGCACAUCCUCAGCUGUUGCCCAAAAGCCCUGGGAGAAGGACGCUACACUUGGCGCCAUGACCAGGUGCUGAAGGUGAUAGCAGAAACCAUCUUCUCCAGCAUCACUGAGAACAAGCCUCUCCGACCAGCAAGGCAGGCGAUUGCUUUCAUUCGAGCAGGGGAGAAGCCCAAGCUCCAGCCAAGGGGGGCAGCGGGACUCCUUGGAACCGCACCGGACUGGCAGAUGAGGGCCGACCUGGGAAAGCAGCUCAGAUUCCCAGAGCACAUCAUGGAGACCACCCUGAGACCAGACCUAGUUCUGUUCUCAGAUUCAACCAAACAGGUGGUCCUUCUGGAGCUGACAGUUCCCUGGGAAGAACGUAUGGAAGAGGCCUACGAGAGGAAGCGUGCCAAGUACGCCAACUUAGUGGAGGAGUGCCGCAGUCGGGGGUGGCUUGCCCGGUGUGUGCCAAUAGAGGUGGGCUGUAGAGGCUUUGCAGCGCGAUCUCUCUGCAAAGCAUACAGCAUGCUUGGAAUCACAGGUGCACGCCAGAGAAAGGCCAUCAAGACCACCACAGAGGCAGCUGAGAAGGCCUCUAGAUGGCUGUGGAUCAAAAGGGGUGAUCCGUGGGUAUAUGCUACUCAGACACAAGUUGGGACUUGAUCAAUCCCGGCUGGGUCGCCUGGGUGAGGGUGUAUGAUGUUGCGAGACCCGAAACACCCAAUGACCCCAGGUUCCAUCACUGAUGAUG